CUCGUUUUGUUUGCUGCUUUCCCGGUUACCAUGGAAACUUUCCUUCAUUUAAAAACAAACAUUUUUCAUUUGCAUUCAAGUUUUUCCGAGUAAAGUUUACUAACUGCUAAAAGAUGCAGCAAGAUGAUGGCCAGGAGAAAACCCAACAGCUGCAGAACUUCCAGUCGGAUGACUUGUUGGAGAAACUGAAAUUACUCAACUAUGAAAAACAUUUGCUGAAGGAGUUCAAGCUGAAGCCGCUGUCGCGGUUCUACUUUGUGAAGGCCACCAAUCCGGGGGAGCAGUUCUACAUGUUCACCCUCAUCUGCUGGUGGCUCUGCAAGAAGCUCGGCAAGGACAUGGAGCGGCCCCAGGAAUACGAUGAUCCCAAUACAGUGGCGGCGAAUAUUAUUCAACUGCUGGAGGAGAUUGAUGUCCCUGUGGACUUUCCGCCCAACAAGCUGAUUCGCGGUGCCGGACCCAUCUGCCUCAAUGUCCUGGACAUCCUCUCCACGCAGGCCUGCAAGGUGGCCAAAGUGGGCUAUCAGCGGGUGCAGAAAAUGCAGGAGGAGGAAUUCCUGGGCGACUACCUCGAGGACAAUGCGGAAAUCAUACUGGAAAAGCUGGAGGACGAACAAAACGCAGCCGGCCUCAGCGACGACAGCGAUCUGGAGCUGGAGGCGCACAAUUUCAGGCAACUCAAUUGGCUGAACCGACCUCAGAAGCGAUCCAUAGAUGUGGCUCUCGACGAGCAGGCCCAAGAGGUCGACGCUCGCCUCAGCGACCAUCAGGAGUGGCGCCUCGAGCUGGAGCGAGUGCUGCCCCAUCUGAAGGUGUUUGUGAAGGCGGAUGCACGCGACUGGCGCACCCACAUCAGCCAGAUGGAUGCCUUCAAGAACAGCAUCAACGAGUCCUCGGAGACCACGCAGGCGCAGCUGAAGAAGCUGCACAGCGAGUUCACCUUUAGCCUGGAGAAGGUCGAGAGCCGCGAGAAGCAUUUGAACAACGAGCUGCAGCCGCUGAUCCAACAGUUCAAGGAGCUGUCCAUUGAGCUAUCCACGAUUCAGUAUGCCCAGAACCAGGUGCAGGCGGACUCCGAGAAGCAGUUGGCUCAGCUGAAUGAGGUGAUGCUGGAGCAGGAGCUCAAGAAGGAGGAAAUGGAGCGACGCGGCCAGGUUAUGUCCGAUGGAAGUUCCGUGCAACAGAUCAAGAAAUCGAUCCUCAAACUGAAGGAGGACAUUGCGCAACUGAAUCUGGAGGUGGCCCUGCUGGUGCAUGCCCACGAUCAGGAAACGGUGGUGCGCCAGGCCCAGGGACAGGCCGGUGACCAGGCAAACAACUGAUAAAGUGAAAAUGCGGCUGCUUAGCAUACACAAACCCCGUCCCGGAGCCUGGUUUUAGGUAUUUUUCACACCUUGGGCAUGGGUGUGCGGCGCUGCUCUCGUUUCAGGUUCGAUCUGGCCAGCGAUUAGUGAUCCAGAGAGAGGUAGGGAGAGGGAGAGAGAGAGAGUGGGUGUGGGUGUGGGUGUGGGAGUGGGACCACCGACGUUGCACCGCCCGAGAAAUGUUGCCGGGGACUCUGUUUAGUUUGAUUGCCGCGCGCUGAUAAGUAUCGUAAUUGGUUGCAAAGGCCAAUAGGGCGGUCAAUUAUCACCUCUUUGUUAUCUGCUCCUUCCACAAAUAUAAGCAUGCGCAUGCGCGCGAUCCUUUACGAUCGAGAAGAUAACGGUGAGAGCAAAGGCAGAGUGAGAGAGCGAGGGAGCUAGCUGUAUAGCUGCUGCACUAUCGUCCAUUGCGCACGUACUACUUGACAGAGAGCCGCCGCCGUCGAGAGCGAGCCUUGGCAACCCGCAAUCCAGAAGGGAAGGUGUUGCCUGCCCCGCACGCGCAUCCUUUGUUUGCCCACUCGCACUGAUAAGCCGCCCGGCAUCGACACAGUGUGUACACUGUACACUGUACACUGGACUCUGGCUGGAUGGAGAGCGUGCGGUUUUGGCCCGCAACUUGUUGUGAUUUUCGCUGCGGCCUGCCAGAGGUUAGGUGCUAAAAGGUUUUUCCCCUAAACGGCAACAC